AUGGGAUCCCCAUUGAGCACACUCAGAUCUCGGUUACAGGGAUCGAAACCGGAAAAGCCAAAGACACAUCAUGAAGCAGCACCACCAACCCAACAAGACCUCAGGUCCUUCAUACAGCAUUUGAUCACGUCUUUUACCAAUGAGAUCGGAUACACACCGCCGACUACUACAGAAAAUGACUCUUUAUGGAAGGCAAUGCGCUCAUACGCAGAUCAAACAGGCAUAUCCUACGAGGAAGGCAGUCACUCAUGGAAGUGUUUCAAGAUGGGAUACAUAUAUCCAGUGCUCUGCUUCCCGGAUCAUCCAUUUGAGGUACAAACCUUCAUUGGCAUUUAUUCCUGGCUCGGUCUCCUCCUCGAUGACGAAGCCCCCAACCAUCUAGACGAAUUCCAGCAAUUCCAUGAACGAUUCUGCGCCGGCGAAAAGCAGCCUGUCCCUAUUUUGCAAGGAUGGGCCGACCUGCUAAAGCUAUCGUUCAAGUACUGGGACCCCCAAGUCGCUGGUUUCAUUGUCUCUUCAUCUCUUAACUUCCUCAACGCCAAUGCCCUUGAAGCUCGAAAAGAGUUUAGUAAUAUCCAGCGUACCAAAGCCGGCCAUAGAUGGGCUUGGUUCCUGCGCGAAAAAGAUGGCGUCGGAGAAGCUUUCGCGUGGUUCACGUUCCCAAAGGCGUUGUGCCCGGAUAUAUCACUUUUUGUCGAGGCGAUACCGGACCUUGCGGCGUGGCAUAGUCUUACUAAUGACAUAUUAUCAUUCUGGAAAGAGGAAGUAGCUGGAGAACAGUACAAUUACAUCCACAACACGGGCUGGUACGAGGAUAAAGACGCUCGAACGGUGUUUGAGGAUGUCAUCGAUGACGUGAAGAAGAAGACCCAUAACAUGCGGCUUGUGUUAAACGGAAGAAACCCAUAUCUACAACUAUUAAAUUCCCAUAUGCUUGGAUACAUCUCCUUCCACAAGCUUAUUAGUCGGUAUAAGCUAUGGGAAGUAGGUCUGGGGGAGGACACCACUGAUAAGAACUUGAAGGCUGAGCAGACGGACACGUUAGCGCAGUGA